AUGUCGUCGCCCGCCCAAAGAUUGCAGCACGUUUCGCAGAUUCUCGGCUCGGCGGCUCCCGCCGGGGCUCAGCCGCUGAAUCCCCCCACCCCCUUCCGGAUCGCCGUCAUCGGCUCCGGGAACUGGGGCACGACCGUCGGCAAGAUCCUUGCAGAGAACGCCGCCGCACGGCCCCGCAUGUUCAAGCACCAUGUGCAAAUGUGGGUCCACGAGGAGCAGGUGGCCGGCCGCAACUUGUCGGACAUCAUCAACCAGGACCACGAAAACGUGCGCUACUUGCCCGGCGUCAAGCUCCCGGCGAACUUGAGGGCCAGCGCCAGUCUCGUGGACGUGGCCAAAGACGCGGACUUGUUGGUGUUCAACUUGCCCCAUCAGUUUUUGCGCCGCAUCACUAGCGACUUGAAGGGCAAGCUCAAGCCGCGGUGCCGGGCCAUCUCGUGUCUCAAGGGCUUGCACGUGACGGGCUCGGGCUGCUCGUUGUUGAGCUCGUACAUCUCCGAACAGCUCGGCAUUGCAUGCGGCGCGCUAUCCGGCGCCAACCUGGCCCCGGACAUUGCCCGCUGCAAAUGGUCCGAGACCACCGUGGCCUACACGUUGCCUGCCGACUUUGCCGGUGCCGGCCACGACAUUGACUCCGACGUGUUGAAAGCUGCGUUCCACCGGCCGUAUUUCCACGUGAACGUGAUCGAGGACGUCGCUGGGGUUUCCGUCGCUGGCGCGUUGAAAAACAUCGUGGCCUUGGCGGUCGGCUUCGUCGAGGGCCUUGGCUGGGGCGACAACGCCAAGGCCGCCAUCAUGAGAGUCGGCUUGGUGGAAACCAUCAAGUUCUCGCAGAUGUUUUUCCCGGAGUCCGCGGCCGCGACCUUCACCAAGGAGUCUGCCGGCGUGGCCGACCUCAUCACCACGUGCUCCAGCGGACGUAACGUGAAGGUGGGGCGCCACAUGGCCGAGACGGGCGACGACGCCGAAACGGCCGAGAAGAAGUUGUUGAACGGCCAGUCGUCGCAGGGCGUGCUCACCGCCAAGGACGUGCACGACUUGUUGGUCACUGUGGACAAGACCGGCGAGUUCCCGUUGUUCGAGGCCACGUACCAGAUCAUAUAUGGUACCGAGAGCAUCGAAAACUUGCCGACGUUGUUGGGGCGGUGCUAG